AUGGAGAAGCCCUUUGCUGGACAAUGGCUGAUCGAUGAUAAGGAUCUCGCCGCAGACAACAUCCUAUGGGAAACAAUUUGCUGCCCUUGCAUUGUUUACGGCAGAUCCGAAAAGGCUUACGAAAAUGCUUUCGAUAGGGCGCUUGAAUGUGAUACACCGCCGAAUGGCCAUGUUCGAUUCAAGGUCAACAAGAAAGGAAUCGUGGACACACAAGAGGAAUACUAG